CGUCCCUUCAGAUCCGUGGUUUUCGCCCUUGGAAAAGGUCUUCUUCACUUCUCCCACUCCGAUGGCGAUUUGAGCGUCUUCGCUUUCUCUUCUCUCUCCCUCUCCUACCCACCGUGUUCCCUGAACCACCUUCACCUUAGCGGAUACCUAGUCCCUCUUCACUCUGUUCUCCGCCCUUGGCCUCUAUAUUUCACAGUCUCUUUCUCCCUCUCUCUCUCUCUGUUAUCUUCACACUCUACGGUAAGGGUUCUUCUCUUUCUACUACUCCCUAUUUUGGGAUCUAUUGUGCCUCUGCUGCCUUUCUAAUGGCAUGUAUACUGCGUUUUCUGCAGUUCAAUCGCCUGAUUUGUCCCGAUCUGGCCAUCCAACGAAGGAGAUCUGAUAAGGUUUUGUCCUUCUUUUGGAUCUGUGCAAGGCCGUUUCUAGUUUUUUUAUUUUAUCUUCUGAUAAGACCAUAUACGAAUCCGUCCGAGUUUGGUUGUUACCUGGUUGAUUAAUUGUGAUCUGGCUUGGAGGAGAUCUAGAACUCGUUACUGCUCUUGAGGCUUUUUUAGAUGUGUGUUCAGUCGGAAAACUCUGAAAUUUCUUAUACUGGUUGCGAGUUCGGUGUGGAUUUCGUGUUUGAAUCGAGGAGAAGUUUGGUGGUUUUGUUCAGCUAUGGAGACGCUUCUUGUUGCUGCUCAUCACAGAAAUCAGUGUUAUGGCAGGGUCAAGCCCCACCGUUCUGGCCGCUUUGGGUCUUCCCCAUCUAGUAGGAACUUUAGAGGGAUAAAUUGCCGGACUUUUGAAUCUGGACCUGGCAUACUCCCCAACCCCUUUAGCUCUUCCUGUAAAACCAACCCAUCCAUCCCUUGUUCCUCCAUUUCCCCCUGUUCUUCUCCUAAAACGCCUUUAAGUUCCAUCAAUGCCCAGUGGAAUGCGCAUUCUGGGGACAAAUCCCGCCACAAGACUGCCCCUGUGAGCUCCCCUAUUCCUAUCAGUGUGAAAGGGCCCAGAAAAUUUCCCACUUUUAAUGAUGGCAUUUUUAACUCAGACGAGGAUUCUGCUUUCUCUGAGCUAUGGGCUGGUCCUGCUUAUUCGAAUUCGCCACCACCCAGUUCACUCCCCAUCCCUAAGUUCUCAAUGAAGCCUAAACGAACCGUGUCACUGGACUUGCCACUUCCCGAUUCAAAAUUUGAGCUGCCUCCAGUUGCCAAGUCUGCUCCUGUUUCUCCUUCAAGGAAGCAUGACUCGGCCACCAGAGACAUGUUCUGCACUACUGACUCAGCGACCAAGACUCUUCGUCGCAUUCUUAACCUUGAUCUGGGUGAUGAUUGAGUUGGUAGGGUGAGCAGCUUUUGUUCCUGUAUAUAUGUGUUCCAGUUUUAGGUUGCAUAUGGUCUAUAAACGACUAAAUGGUGUGAGUAGCAUACAAGUUCGCUUAGUUUAUGCUAGUAAUGGUACAAGGCAAAAAUAUCUUUCAUGAGCAGACAAAUCUCUAGCGUUGAGAAACAAGAUGCUUGGGCGAGCGAUGCACCAGUUGUAGUGACAUACCAUGGGUGACAUGGUGUCUGAUGAAGUAGAGAUGGCUAACAAGGUGGCGGGUGAUUUUAUUUGGUAUCGUGGACGAAGAGAUAACUGGAAAUAGUCUUGGUAGCUUGACGAAGCAGAAUGAAUUGGUUUCUGGUGCUAUUUGUGGGGUAUUCUUUCUGGAGUGAAUGAAUAGCCUCAACUCUUGAUCGGCGAUAUGAUGAAUCUGCUGCUGUGUACCACUUGUGAGCAUACAUCACUGCAUCUCUAUCGAGAUCAACUUUGUGGUGUCACAUUCUCAGGAAAAUGUGAUCAUGGCCCUGGUCAUUCUCUCUAGUUCAGCUGAGAUGUAUAUAUACUUUUAAACCUCAGCUUAGUCCUUUAGUCUCAACUCUCAUGGUUUGUUGUUCAGUGUCCUUUCCUGUCCAUAUUUUAAACUCUUCAUUUGAACUUCAGUUAGGCUUUUCUCGUCUUGUAUGUUGCAUCAAAUUGGCUCUCUGGGGGGGUAUCCUCUUAUCACUUUUCUUUUGGUUGACAGUUACUGAAUUGACUGUACGACUCUCUUUUGUCUUCAAUAUCCUCACCAUCAUUUCCUUCUUCCCCCUUAGGUAUCUCUGACCCUUUUACACACUCUGUUUGGGUGUGUACCCCUUUAGCCAUUUUUCCUUGUUUUUUUUAUGGAAGAACUGGAAAGGGGAAGUAGUAGUAGUUAUAGGUGAAUUCUGCUUCUGGAGUUAGCUAGUUUAAUCCAACCCCUGUUUCCUUUUCCCCCAUGAGAGCCUGUUUGUUUCUUGUGUCCGUUGGAUGAUCCAUGGGUUCAGUUUGUUUCUAUGGAGGAGGUGUUUGACCGUUCGCUGCUGUCUAAGAGGUAACUGUUUCUUAUGUGUACCUCCUAUUCAGCUAAGAUUAUAACUUCUAUAUGUCAUUUCUAAGUUCUCUUUGGAAUUUGCAGGAUGACUUUGGGAUGCUUCCCCAAAGAUUCGGUUGCUAUAUGAAGCAAGUCUUAUCAGGGUGCACGAAGUUUGUGUCUUGUUUCCGGAGUUGAGGUAUUGAGGUGUAAUGUUGCUUACUUUGCUAGUGUCGCCUCAUGUGUAGUAGCAGUUAUGUAAUUACCACCCGAGCUUCUGUUGCAGUUGUUUAACUUGUGUUUUAGCAAGCAAAUGUACUUUUGAGGUUUGUCACCCGAUGUCCUUGUUAUUAGUGUACUAAUAGUAAUAGCCACGUUCAAGGCUGUUUGUCUUGGUGGCGUACUCAACUCCAAGUUAAAAUGUUAUGAACAGGAAAUGAAGUCUGUUUGAUGUUUGUAUUCGUACAGUAACUUCAUCUUAUACCUGCAACCAAGUAUAGGCUGUGGUUUUGGGUUCUAAAAAGUCUGAACUACAGAAAUUUAUUAAUCGUAGUUCCAAUUUCCAUGGGCUAUUAUUAUAUUACCUGUUUGGUUCUUUCUUGCCUGUGCUAUUCUUAAUUCUUUUGACCUUUCUUCUUGCAUGAUAUGGGGUGCUUAACAGGUUUCAUUUAACCGAACUGGGCAAUGUAAUUACUGGUUUUUUCGACCAGUUACGGUUACGAUGGUGAAUUGCUUACCCAAACCAUUAAACUGUAUUUAAUUCC